CCUCGAUACAUUUGAGUUGUGUUCAUAUUUCAGAAGUGUAUGUUCGUAUCUUGUUCAAACUUGAAAUUGAUUGCCUACAACUUUUUGUUUCUGGUGAGCCGCUUAGCUCCGACAAGGCUAUCAAAAAAUUUCCCCAGAUUCCGAUCAGAGUCAGAUCCCGCUUGUACCGUCAACAACACCGUUCCUCAACCACACGAUGCCUGCCUUGGAUUUAGUAGACCACUCUCCUCAGCAGCCUCAGCCGGCUCCUCCUCUAGCUUCUGCUUCUAAUGUCAUCCUGAUCGACAAUUUCGAUUCAUUUACCUGGAACAUCUACCAAUAUCUUGCACUCGAGGGUGCAACCGUACAAGUAUACCGGAACGAUGCCAUCACAAUUGAGAAGCUUGCAGCCUUGAAACCAACCCAAUUGGUCAUCAGUCCCGGGCCUGGUCAUCCCCAGACUGAUUCUGGUAUUAGCAGAGAUGCUAUUAAAUACUUUGCUGGUAAAAUCCCUGUGUUGGGUGUUUGUAUGGGCCAGCAGUGUAUGAUUGACCUCUGGGGUGGAGAUGUAAGCUUCGCGGGCGAAAUUCUCCAUGGAAAGACAUCACCUCUUCGCCACGAUUCUAAAGGAGUCUACUCUGGCCUCCCGCAAGAUCUUCCUGUUACACGAUAUCAUUCCCUGGCAGGCACCCACCUUACACUUCCAGAAUGUCUGCAAGUCUCAUCUUGGAUCGCGGCUGGACCAGACGGUGAUAAAGGAGUUAUAAUGGGAGUCCGACAUAAAGAAUAUGUUGUCGAAGGUGUUCAAUUUCAUCCGGAAAGCAUUUUGAGCGAAAAAGGACGAGUAAUGCUGUCGAAUUUCUUGAAGAUGCGUGGAGGUACUUGGGCCGAAAAUGAUCAACUCCGAACGGACGCAUCAGGUGCUACAAAGCAGGCAAAUGGAUCAAACGGCAUGAAGAAAGAGAAUAUCUUAGAGAAGAUAUUUGCUCACCGCAAGGCCGCUGUUGCAGCACAAAAAAAAAUUCCUUCGCAGCGACCAAGCGAUUUGCAAGCUGCAUACGACCUCGAAAUUUCACCUCCUCUCGUGCCAUUCGUCAGUCGCUUAAGGAAGUCACCCUUUCGAUCGUCUCUUAUGGCUGAAAUCAAGAGAGCAUCACCCUCCAAAGGCAUCAUCUCCUUAUCAGCGUGUGCUCCUGCUCAGGCCAGGACUUAUGCUUUGGCAGGUGCAAGUGUCAUCUCUGUCUUGACAGAGCCCGAAUGGUUCAAGGGAAGCAUUGAUGAUCUGAGAGCUGUGAGGCAGGCGUUGGAGGGGAUGCCGAAUCGACCUGCUGUGCUGAGGAAAGAGUUUGUUUUCGACGAGUACCAAAUUCUGGAAGCUCGACUCGCUGGUGCAGAUACUGUCUUGUUGAUUGUGAAAAUGCUGGACGAGGCCACCCUAACAAGAUUAUAUCAAUACUCACAGUCGCUUGGAAUGGAGCCAUUAGUGGAGGUCAAUACUGCUGAGGAGAUGGCUAUCGCAGUCAAACUCGGAUCAAAGGUCAUUGGUGUCAACAACCGAAAUCUGACCAGCUUUGAGGUUGAUUUAGAUACAACAAGUCGACUUUUAGACCAAGUCCCUAAGGACACUAUUGUUUGUGCUCUAAGUGGUAUAUCAGGACCGAAAGAUGUUGAAGCGUACCAGAAGAACGGUGUUGGCGCAGUCUUGGUUGGCGAAGCAUUGAUGCGUGCUAAAGAUACAGCACAGUUCAUUCAUGAACUUCUCGGUGUUUCCGGACCCAUGGUUAAGUCAGCACCCGGAUCAUUACUUGUCAAGAUAUGCGGUACCAGGAAGGCAGAGGUAGCAGCAGAAGCUGUCAAAGCUGGUGCUGACUUGAUAGGCAUGAUUCUCGUCCCUGGCGUAAAAAGAUCGGUCGCAUACAAGGAUGCUAUUGCUAUCUCGAAGGUUGUGCGAGAGACCAAAGCUGUGACUGGAAGUGUUGCCGCCGACCGUGUUGGCAGUCAAGCAUCAGACUUCUUCGCUAAUGCAGCAUCCAACGUCUCGAGCCAUCGUGCCUUGCUUGUUGGUGUCUUCAGGAAUCAAUCCCUCGAGGAGAUUCUAGAACUGCAGAAAGCUUAUGAGCUUGACGUUGUCCAACUUCACGGGGAUGAGCCACUAGAGUGGGCGAAUUUGAUUCCUGUUCCAGUGAUCAAGGCGUUCAAACCAGGUCAGCAAGGUCUUGGACGGCGAGGCUAUCACACGGUCCCACUUCUCGAUGCCGGCUCUGGUGGUUCUGGUCAGCAGCUUGACAUGGGCGACGUCUCGGCUGUACUUUCAAAGGAUCAAGGCAUGAGAGUUCUACUUGCUGGAGGCCUGAACCCAGACAAUGUUGCCGAGGCUGUCCGUGCAGCAGGCAGUGUUGGAGACCGAAUUAUUGGCGUCGAUGUUAGCAGUGGCGUCGAAGAAGAUGGAGCUCAAAGCAUCUCAAAGAUACAAGCGUUCAUUAAGGCCGCAAAAAGUGUUAGGUAGCUUGCUAGAUUAUGUUUACACGAUACCCACGAAUUAGAAGAAGAUUUCUCCC